AUGGACACCAAGCUCUCAAUACUUGCCCAAAGAUCUUCUUCAACUCCCCCUCAAACCCCGACGCUGCCGCACAACCCACUAAGCACAGCGUGCGUACAUGUCAUACCUCCAAACGGAACUCUACACUCUCUUCCGCUUCUCGCGUUUUUGUUGAUCGCCUCUUUCUUCGACUAUUGCUAUUCUCUUCUGCACUAUGACGGUGUUGAGGUCCCGAGGAGUAGCGUCAACCUGCAAUUCCCAAGUUCUUCGUCUCCAAAGCCAGGUGUAGAACCGGGGUUGGUGGCUGGUUUCAGUAUGGGUUCCGAAGCUGUAACAGUGCGGAGAAGUGCACGCUUGGCAGCAAAGCUGGGUAAAGGUGAUCACCAGGAAAAUAUUGAGACUAUGAGUGAAGAAAGGAAGAAAGUAAAGACAAAAGUUGAGAAUAAUCCUUGUGAGGGUGUAUGUGAGAUAGAGAAUUUGGAGAAAGAGGUUUUGGAUUCAGAUUUGGAGGCUGAGAAGGAAGGUAGGUUUUCUGAACAGACAAUGACAGGAACUUGGCUUGUCAGUGGAUCGGUUCCUGUUUUGGAGGAAUUCAAGCUUGGCAGAGUUAUGUGUGUGUCUGGAUUUGGUUGUGAUGGAGAAACUUUGAGGAUUAAGACUGCCAAUAAUGGGAAAGGGGAGAGGACAUAUAGCAUGGAGAUGGAUUUAGCUGUUUUGAAGUCAGGUAACAAGGAUGGGAAAGAAAAAGGGUUCUUUAACUUGAGAUCAGGAAAGAAAGUAGCGAAGAGAACAAUUGAAGGUGAUUUUGGAGGUCCUAGUAUCGGGUUGGAAGAAGUUGAGAGUUGUAAUAAUGAUGCUAAGUCAGGUUACGGUAAAGAAAGUGAGAUUUUGUUGAAUGGCAACAAUGAUAAGACUGACUCAGAGAGAAACAUGGAAGAGGAUGUAUGUAGUAGUUGGAAGAAGAGGAGACUUAGUAGAGGGGAGAAAGGUAAAGGGAAAGUGGUUGAUAAAACUUUGCCGACAAGUAGUGCUGUUUCAUUGAAAUUGGAAGUAGACAAAGAAGUAGGGAUAUUAAUUGAUGAUUCAAGCUCCAGGUUAUUGGAAAGUGUAGAUGGUAAAGUAGAAGUCACAGGCCAAAGUGUGAUUGGAAUUGAAACUGGUUUGAAGACUAGAGCGAGACUGCGGAAAGAAGAAAAAGGGAAAGGGAAAUUGGUAGAGAAAGAUUCUUCCUCUAAUGGAAUGGAUGCAUUGGUUAAGAAUUUUGCGCUUAGGGUAGAAAACAAAAAGGAAAAUGCUCAUGCAGGUACAAUCCACUUAACAGAAAAUGCAGCAUUGCUAGAUGUGAAUGUAGUCAGAGAAACAGAUGCAAGAAGUUAUAAGAAACGGUUCAGAGAUAUAGCCAGACAAAAUGCAUCUCGGUUUGCACAUUUUUCUGCGCAAGAGGAAGAGCUGGGCCAUGCUGCUGCUGGUAUUGCUGGAAGAGAAAUUCCAACCUCUGAAGCUGUCAGUGAAAUAGAAGACUGGCCUGGUCCCUUUUCAACUGCCAUGAAAAUCAUUAAGGAUCGUGAGAAGAAUGUGCCUGGGCUGCAUGGUUCCUCAGUGGGCAAAAGUAAAGCUGUGGAACUAACAUGGGUUCCCAGAAAAGAUAAGCAAUGUAACGGCCAAAAGCAGUUUCUUCCCUCAUUGCAACAACUAUGCUUGUCAAUUCUAGCAAAAAAUGCCGAUGCUAUCACUUCACUUGACUGCAUCCCUGAUGUGUUGAGGCACAAGCUCUGUCAGUUGCUUUGUGAUUCCAGGAAGAUGAAUAGUCAUUUUCUUCAAUUACUUGUUAGUGGAUUUCCGACAGAGAUACGUCUGAGGGACUGCUCGUGGUUGUCCGAGGAGCUAUUCACUAGGACAUUUGAAAGUACAGAUACCAACAACCUAACUGUGCUGCAAUUGGAUCAUUGUGGAUGCUGUGUACCAGACUAUACUCUCUCUGCUACCUUGGCCCGUUCAGUUAAUAGUCUUCCUGUUCUGACUGCAGUAUCCUUGAAGGGUGCAUACCGUCUUUCAGAUGCUGGGCUAAAAACGCUUGUUUCUUCUGCCCCAUCUAUCACAUCUAUUAAUCUCACCCAGUGUUCCCUGCUUACCUCUGUUGGCAUUUGCAGUUUGGCGAACUCGCUGAAAUCAGUUCUAAGGGAAUUAUAUAUAGAUGAUUGUCUAGAAAUAGAUGCUAUGCUUAUUCUACCGGCAUUGUUAAAGCUAGAGCAUUUGGAAGUUCUAUCAGUAGGUGGAAUCCAGACUGUUUGUGAUAAGUUUGUCAGUGAAAUUGUAUCUGUACAUGGUCGCAGGAUCAAAGAACUUGGUUUAGCAGGCUGCAUGCAGUUAUCUGAUUUAUCUUUGAAAGUCAUUGCGGAGACUUGUUCUGAUUUAAAAGUGAUAGACCUCAUGAACUUGUGCACAUUGACUGAUACUGCAAUGGCACACCUUGCAAAUGGUUGUCGAGCAAUUCAUACGCUGAAAUUUUGUCGCAAUGCGUUCAGUGAUGAAGCUAUGGCUGCAUAUCUUGAGAUUUCUGGAGCAUCUCUGAUAGAACUGUCACUCAAUAACGUUAACAAGGUUUCAAAUAACACUGCUCUAUCACUUGCCGGACAUUCCAGAAAUUUAGUUACUUUAGAUUUGUCUUGGUGCCGUAAUUUGACCAAUGAAGCUCUUGGAUUAAUCGUGGAUAGUUGCUCAUCAUUGGAAGUGCUCAAAUUGUUUGGAUGCACUCAGGUCACAAACGCAUUUCUUGAUGGCCAUUCUAACCCACAAGUAAAAAUCAUUGGAUUGAAGAUGAGUAAAGUAUUUGAACAUAUUAAGGAGCCAUAUGUCCUGUAA